AUGAACAACAGAAGGAGGGGUAGCGGGGUCCCAUACGAGGACCGGAACAAAGAACCUGGAGAUAACUCCUCCUCCAGACAUACCCACUCUGAUACUAAGCACGACAGAAAUGAUGUCAAGGAGAAAAAAAGUCAAGCCAGCAUUGAUAAUUUUGGGAGGAAAAUAUGGGACAAGGAUUAUUACAAAAAGAAAGCGGAAGAAAAAACGACAAAUGAAGAAGACGAUCUUAUUCUAAAAUUACUACCUGAUUUGAAGAAAAAAAAAGUGCCUUCUCCACCACCUCCCUCUGAAAGGAAGCUAUUAGAAGGAAGGAAAGAAAUAUUAACUCUUGAAAAAAAUUUAGGCAAGGUACAAAUAAUAACAGAAAAAACGAUAAAACAAGAACAAGGAGGUUACUACUGUAAGAUAUGCGACUGUGUGUUGAAAGAUUCGCAAACAUAUCUAGACCACAUCAAUGGUAAAAAUCACAACCGAAUGCUUGGCUAUAGUAUGAAGGUGAAGAGAGUAGCACUUAGUGAUGUUGUUAAUAAACUGAAUGUCUUGCGAGAUGCCAAGAGGAAGAAGUCGCAAGAGGACGACGUUGCUGUGGAUAUCGAUCCAGAAAAAAAUGUAAAAAAGAGGGUACUUGAUUUCCAACAAAUGGAAGAAAUGAAGGCGCAAAGGCGGAAGGAAAAGAAACUACUUAAAAAGUUGGAGAAGCAACGAAGGGAUGAGCACGAAAACGACCAGAGGGAGGACGAGCAGGAGGAUGACGAAAAUGCUCAGUUAAGGAAGAUGGGUCUUCCCACGUCCUUCGCCUGA